AUGAAGUUUUUGCCACAAAAGUACCGCGAGUCCCAGACCAACUGGUUCGGCAAAAGAGGUAUAUCGUGGCAUAUAUCUGUGGUAUAUCGUCGUGUUGAAGGAGUGCUCCAAUGGCAAGGGUUUAUUCACGUGGUCCAGUCUUGUAGUCAGGAUAGCCUUGCAGUCGUGUCUAUAGUGCAGCACGUGUUGAAAACUGUCAAGCAAGAGCACAACGAGAUCAAGAAAGCUUUUCUUCGCCAGGAUAAUGCAGGUUGCUACCAUGCGGCAUACAAUCUCCUAUCAUGUCCAGAAAUCACAGCUUCCACUGGUAUCAAGAUCGUAAGGGUAGAUUUCAGUGACCCUCAAGGUGGGAAGGGUGCUGCAGACAGGCUGGCAGCAACCUGCAAGUCACAUGUUAGGAUUCACAUCAACGAAGGGAAUGACGUUACUACAGCCACACAGCUAAAGGAUGCACUGCUCUCCAACGGAGGAAUACAAGAUGUUCGAGCUGUUGCUAUUGAAACCAUCUCUCCUACGAAAAUUGAGUACSCCCAAAAGAUUCCAGGCAUAAGCAAGCUCAAUAUUUUCGAGUUCAGCUCCAACUCCAUCACAACGUGGCGCGCCUACGACAUCGGGAAAGGAAAAGAUAUUCGACUGGAAGAGCAAUCUACAGAAAGCUUCUGUGACGACACGUACAACAAAAGAGCCGCAGAUGAAUGUCUCCGAGCAGCCCGCGGAUACCACACCCAGUCUGAUGUAUAUUCCUGCCCAAAAGACGGCUGCGUGCGAGUUUUUCAAAGAUUCUCUGCCCUUGAAAAGCAUUUGUCUCUUGAGAGAUGCUCGAAAUCUCUUGAGAAACAAUCGCUAUUUGAUCUUGCUAAGGUCAAAUACAAAGCCCACUUGGAAGAGGGGGUUGGGGUUCUACCGUCCUUAAAAUUCUCGUCUAGUAACAUGAGGACCUCGGAUUUACCUGCUGAAGAAGGCUGGGCUCUCAAAGAAAAUAAAAAGUCUGACCACUUUAGCGAAAAACAGAGAACCUACUUGGUCAACAAGUUCAACAUUGGGCAAACCUCAGGAAGAAAGUUGAACCCAGAAUUUGUAGCAAAGGACAUGAGACGUGCUCGAGGUCCCGACGGCUUGCGUCUUUUCAAUGUCUCAGAAUUCCUAAAGCCACAACAAAUUUUGUCCUAUUUUUCUCGUCUUGCUGCCAAAGUACGCCAGACCGUCCCAGAUGACCUUGCUAUCGACCCAAACGCAAUAGAGGAAGAGAAGAAUUUUUCCAGUGCAAGAGAAACAGUUAUGUCGACUCUCCAAUUACAGCACCCUAUCACUUACGACCAAUACGAUAUAU